UUAAAACCCCAUUUGCUGUUGCUGUUGCUGUUGCAUUUGGGGUUGUCUUGCUUUACACUCAAAACUGAGAAUUAUUGAUCAAAGCAUGCCGGCCUCAAAAGUUCACCUCAAUUUCAUAGAUCUCUCUCUAAGGCUCUCUGUGAUACCUCUCAGUGUUGUAUCCAUAUGGCUCACUGUAACCAACAAGCAGGACAACAACAGCUAUGGAAGACUGGAGUUUAGCAACCUCACUGGUCUCAAGUACAUGGUCUGCAUCAAUGCCAUCUCUGCUGCUUAUUCUCUUAUGGCUAUUGUUUCUUCAUGGCUCAAAUGCCUGUUAACUAAAGCUUGGUUCUUCCUUAUCUCAGACCAGGUUCUUACUUAUCUGAUGGUCACAUCUGGGGCGGCAGUGGUAGAGAUACUGUACUUGGCCUAUAAUGGUGAUAAAAAUGUCUCAUGGAGUGAAGGCUGUAGCUCUUUUGGAAGGUUCUGCAAUAGAGUGAAGGUAGCUUUGGUUCUUCAUGCCAUAGCCCUGUUUUGCUUCUUUGCUUUGUCUUUGAUCUCAGCUUAUAGAGUUUUCAGCAAGUUUGAUCCUCCUUAUGUUCUCUCCAAAGAAGUGGAGAGAAAUGAAUUACAGAAUGCUUCAUGUUGAUGAGUGACAUGUUGCAGAGUAGUUUUUCUUU